AUGGACGUCCCAAAUAUCGAAACACGCAGUAGCGGUGCCGACAACAACAACCCAGCCUCCGGUGACGACGACCAACAACCACACAACAACAACAACAACAACAACAGCAACAACAACAACAGCAACAACAACAACAGCAACAACCAAACCAGUCGUCUCUGGCGUCGGCUCAACCUCUUUGGUCAUCAUCGCGACAACAACGCGGGGGGGAAUGGAUCGAUACAGGGUGGUGGUGGGUUGGAGGAUGAUAUCACACAAAAUGGCAGCGGAAAAAGACAAAGUCGAAAGGUAGUCCCCGGUCUGCCUCGGGCGCCAACUUUCAAGAGGCAGCAGUCCGAGAAACGGCAUCGGCUCGAGCCGAUCCGACCGACGGCCGCGGAGAGGAGGGCAGUGUCAAUGGACAGGAGGGUUGUUGUGCAAGGCAGCAGCAACGGUGGUGGCGAUCCAAGGACUAGCGCGCCGGAUGUUCUCCUUCUUGCGCACGAGGGGGGGUAUUCGUCGCAGUCGCAGUCGGUGCCGCCGCCCUCGUUCCCCAUUGACACUGAUGGGGAAGGCUAUUUCGGGGGGCGAUAUACUGCAGCCACGCAAGGAUUCGACGACCACUCCAACGACGCCGACGACGACGGCGAGGCGAUGUCUGACGACGGCGGCAGGCACUCGGUCACGACGUCGCAGUGGGAGGCCAGGAUCCACGACGAGCUGGAGCAGAUCUGGAUAUUGAACCUGUCGAUGCACUUCCGGGACAAGUCCAAGAGGGAAAAGUUUUUUGUGACGUACCGGCAGCAGGAGCACCUCUGGAGGAGGGUGACGGUUAGUUUGGAUUAUCGGAACGCGCCCGAGGGGAGCUUGGAGAUGGAGCUGGCGGGGACGAGGUUUCAGAGGGAGAAGAGCGCAAAGAUCUACGAGGCUAUUCGGGAGAGUUUGAUGGAUAUUCAGUUUUAUGACACGGUAAAAAACCUGAAGCUGCAGACUACGGAUGGGAGGUUGCAUGUGCAUGUUGUGGAGGAUGUUAAUGAGAUCAUCAGCUAUCCAUCAGUUCGUCUGAUCCAGCACACGAGAUGUAGACGUGUAAAGGAGAGGGAGAUGGAGUUUGACUCGCACAUGUCGGGGUUUGUGUACAAGAUGAGGGUGAAUGGGCAGAUACUGAUCAAGAAGGAGAUUCCGGGACCGGAUACGGUGGAUGAGUUUCUUUACGAGAUCAACGCCCUCAACUCGUUGCGCUCGGCGAGGAACGUCAUUCAGUUUUAUGGGGUUGUUCACCCGCCUCUUCCUUGGUCGAUUCGCGAGAAAUGGGCGAGGCAGAUCGUGGCUGGGCUGUCGGAGAUUCACGAGGCCGGGUUUGUCCAGGGGGAUUUCACACUUUCAAACAUUGUUAUUGAUCACAACAGCGACGCGAAGAUUAUCGAUAUCAACAGGCGGGGUUGCCCGGUGGGUUGGGAACCGCCAGAAGCAACGCCGAUGAUUGAGUGUAAUCAGCGGAUCUCGAUGUACAUCGGGAUCAAGUCUGAUCUCUACCAACUCGGCAUGGUGCUCUGGUCGUUGGCGACGCAAGACGAUGAGCCAGAAGCACAAGGGAGACCGCUGCAGAUCGCGGACGAUGUGGAUGUGCCGGCGUGGUUCGCGAGGAUAGUGUACAUCUGUCUGAGCGACAACCCGAGGAAUAGGCUGCAGGCCCUGCAGCUGCUGUCCCUAUUCCCGGAGCCGGAGGAGCCGUUGACUGCCGUUCCGCAUCAUCAUCACAUUCACGAGGACAGUUACCUGCCGCAGGAGUACAUGUCGGAUAUAUUCUCGAUCACGAGCCAGCCGCCGAACGUGAUGAAUGUGAACAUGGGGAAUGAUUGGCAGUAUAUCGGGCCGAACAGCCCUACCAACCCUUAUGGCGGGGGGACUUUUGCGGAGGAUCCGCAUUUCUACCCGCCGCCGAGGGGGAGGUCGCCGCCCUCGCCGCAGCCGAGCAACCACGAGGACGAGGGCUGUGAACCGACGGGGAGGUUUGGGGCGAGGAGGUUUAAUACUUGGAGUGUGGGGGAGGGAUGGAAGCCGAUGGUGCCGAGUGUCAGCGAUUUGCCCCCUAGGAGUGUGCUUGGGGAGGAGUCGGACGUGGGGGGUUUCAGGAGGGGAAGGCAGAGGGUUAGCCCAAGGCAUGGGAAGAUUGCGGUUAGUGAUUAUGGGGGGAUUGAUGGAAUGGUGGCGAGUCAGACGUUGGAGAUACCUAAGCAAGGGGUAGGGGUAGGGGUAGGGGAGAAGGAGCUCAAGACGCCCGAGUCGAGGGCGGAUAGUGGGAAGGAUAUGACCGAGUUGGGGAGUACACCCAGAGAUGGAGGUGUGCUGGGGUUGGGGGGCGGGAAGGAGGGGGUAGAGGUUUUGAGGGAGACGGAAAAGUUGUUUCCGAGUACUAACAAAGACUUGGAGCAACCGCUGGCUUUGGAACAACAGGAGGAAUAUACCGCGGUGAUGGGGACUAGUCUGGGGAGGUUGGGCAGGCCGGACGAUUUGAAUAACGUUGGAGGGGCCUUUUCGUUCGACCAAAGGAGUAGGGGAAUGCAGAGGAAGGGAAGUACGAGCAGUGGGAGUGGCGGGAUCGAGGGGGAGAUUGAAGAGGAGGAUGAAAUGGGGGAUGAGGAAGAGGAUGAGUUGGAUAUGGAGUUGGAUGGGGAAUUACCUGGGGAUUUAGAGAAGACGAUUGGGUUGCAGACGCAGCUGCUGUCUGUUCCCUAA